AUGGCUCUCAUCGGCAUCUCGCUGAUAGUCGCCUCCGUUGUGCUUUUCUGCAUCCGGCCCCCAGCAUGGCUGCCGCUCCGGAACCUCGUCGCCAGCCUCCGCCGCCAGAGCCCGACGCCCGACCACCAGCACUUGAACCCCCGCGAGCAACCAACACAUCCCGGACUCGACACGCCCCCCGGUGAUGCUCAUGGCGACGUUGACGGCAACACUGACGGCGACACUGACGGCGACACUGACGGCGACGGUCAGGCCACCCCCAAGGCCGCCCCAAGCAUUCCCGCCGUGAUCCGCCCUGUCGUCCCCGGCUUCUCGCUGUCAGAACCUCUGCCAUCGCCCCCCGCCGACCAGUCUGCCACGACAAGCAAGCCGUCAGCCGCCUCUGAUCUCAUGCCGCCGCCGCCGCCGCCGUCGCGGCCCCAGGCCCAGGCCCAGGCCCCGGGAUCCUCCUCGACCGCCGGUCCCUCCCUCUCUGCCAUGGCGCCUCCCCCCGUGCCCCUGGCGCAAGCACGACGCAUCUCAACCCUCGCCCCGGCCGCCAGGAACAACAGCUCCUCGCUCCGCCCCUCGCCCGCGCCCUCGCCCAACCGUUCGCUCCCGGUCUCCAGCCGCGCCCCGGGCACUUCCACCCUCGCGCCGCCGCCCACCCAUUCUUCAGUGCCCACCAAGCCCUCAAGGCAGGUGAGGCUGACACCAGGUCACUCCCCGAUGGACUGGGCCCGCCUCGCCCAAUCGCCCACCUCUGACCUGCGCGGCCUGCCCCCCUCCACCCCGUACCUCCGUGUCACCCCCUCACAGCUACGACAGAUGACCGGCCGCAAGGGCAAGGACGCCUGGUCCGUCUUCUCCGGCAAGGUCUACAACAUAUCCCCCUACAUCAGCUUCCACCCUGGCGGCGAGGCCGAGCUGCUCCGCGGCGCGGGUCGUGACGCCACUCGGAUGUUCGCCGAGGUACAUCCUUGGGUAAACUACGAGACCAUGCUGAGUGCCUGCCUGAUAGGCAUACUAGUGGACGAGCAUGACGUCGAGCAGCAGGUGGGCAAGGCGAUGGAGGAGUUGGACUGA